UCGUGCGCUCUAUUAUGCGGUGCAUGUGAUGUUUCGCCGGCUACGAGGAAUUAUCAACAUCGCUAACGAGUAUCUAGUGAUGCGCGCGAGUAGUUUAUUUUAAAAAGAAAAGGCCGCUACCCCAAGAGCAGGAAGUUUUCUUUUUCGAAUAACUAUGAGUCCAAAAGUAGAUAGCGUUAUUGAUAUCGACAACACUGUUAUUGAUGUGUAUAGAUGGUCUAUACCAAGACCAUCGUUGUCGUCAUGGAGACAAGAAAAUUCCAGUGACAAAUCGCAGCCAGACUCAUCCACAUCGCCUAAUCAACUAAGCAUAAAGAGUAAAUCAUCAACAACUUCAAUGUUACUAUUAUGUGCUGAAAACUUAGAUGCACAUAACAAAUAUAUUGAUCGAAACAAUGAUAUAGAUACUUUAUCAGUAGCAUCGUCAAAUCAUUUUACAAUUGUUAAUGGCAUCAUAGGGCAUAAUCGACAUAAGUCUAGAAAGCCUACCACAUGUUGUUGUGAACGACAUCAGCUUACUGUAUUGGUAGUUUCUAUGACAAUAGUUUUCUUCCUAACAAUUGUAUAUUGCAUCUACUAUGUUCACAGACGUGCAAUAUACUGUACAAACAGCUUUGCUUAAACCAAGUCAUUCAUUUUAUCAAUAUACAAAGAUCCCAAAGAAAUAUGGACUAAUAAAAUGGAAUAUUAUAAUUUAUAAUUUAUAUUUUAUAAAUCAUGUAGUAUAUGAGAUGUAUGUUGUUUGAUUGUAUUUUACCUACCUUCAGAUUUAAUUUAAAUUAUUGUAUUAAAUAAAUUGAUAAGAACUGAA